AGGGUUAGUGCCUGGGGUGCGGUGAUUCACCUGCGGCGGAUAGCGCGCUUUCUCAGCCCGGAUCUCGUCCAAUUACAGACCAGCACAGAAACCUAACUUCCGGUCACACACGUAGACUAGUCUAGGUGAUCUAAGCGAAUCUUUCCGACCGGGAUUGUGCGUUUGUUUUGUUCUUAUUAUUAUUAUUAUUAUUCGCUCUACGGUUCCUGGAGAAGUUGUAAGGAAGUUGUGGUACAGAAGAUUCAGUGAGUCUCAGGACUGUAAGACACUCUCAGGAUCUUUGGCUUCACAAAGGCGACCCGUGGGAACGUUUUAAUCGCCUUGUCAAGAUGCGUAAAGAAAAAGAAGCCUUUGGUUUUCUCACUUUGUUCACAGCACUCGCUGUGCUGUGUGAGAGCAGGUUGGUGAAAGUGCCUGCUGGUCCACUGGUGCGUGUCGAGGGCCAGUCUGUGUCGAUUCGCUGUGAUGUCUCAGACUAUGAGGGACCACCUGAGCAGGAUUUUGAAUGGAGCCUUAUACUGAGUAGUGAUUCCAGUAUUCCACUCAUCUCCACUUUCGAUCAGACCUACACAGACUCAUCGAUGAAGGACAGGGUCAGAAGCGGUGAUAUUAGCAUUAAGAAAUUGGCGGAUGAUGCAGUAGAGCUGACUAUUAACAAGGUCAGGGCCUCGGACAGCACCGUUUACCGAUGCAGCACACCCAGCACUGAUUCUUCCGUCAAAGGGAACUACUUUGCAGAUGUGGAGCUUAAAGUUAUCGGUGACUCUCUAAACGUGACUUCAGCCAUUUCUCAGAAAACGGUGUCAGAAGGCGAGUCACUGAACCUACAGUGCAACAUCAGUCGGGCCUACACAGCACACACUUCCCUGUCUGUCACUUGGGCUAUUAGAAAAGGCUCUGCCACAUUGGAAGAGCUCUUGACAUUUGGACCAGAAGAUGUGAUGAAGGUGGGACAAGCCUUUGCCCAGCGUUAUGCAGAUGGAGAACUUAUUGUGCGGCUCUCUGGUGGUGGCAGUUACGGCUUGAUCCUGAAGGGAGUGAAACCAAAGGAUCAGGGUGUGUAUGUAUGCACAGGCAGAGAGUGGACGAGGCAGCCUGGAGGCGGGAAGGGCUGGCAGAAUAUUCUAGAAAGGAGUGAGGAAAUGGGGAAUGUUCAAGUCACACCCUUAGCCCGUUCUCUGGUGGUUUCUCUGGAGAAGAAUGUUACACUUAGUGUAGAGGACACUCUGAAUCUGACCUGCUCAGUAGCUGCUAAUGGCCUGCUUUCUUUGGGCAUGGAGGUGAUAUGGCUGGUCAAGGGAAUUAGCAGCUCUGACAGCCAGCGGGUGCUGCUCCAUGUUGGCCGUGACGGUCAAGUUCUGAGUGGCUCUGAGCUUGUGGCCAUGAGCAGGGUUCAGCCAGGCUUCUACAGGCUUCUAAUCCCCAAAGUGCAGCCCUCAGACUCCGGCCUGUACUCUUGCCAGAUAAAGGGCUGGUUACCGCAGGGCAGUGGAGGAUGGUAUCAGGCUGCUGAGAAAACCUCUGAUCCUAUCCAAGUUCUGGUAACGCAACUUGAACCAGAUUUUAAGGUGGGUCUCUCAGCCCCUAAGAUCCCCGAAUUCACAGAUGACCCCACUGAGCUGCUCUGUGUGGUGACCGAUCUAGUGAACAUGCCAGAUGGUAGUCUGGGAGUGACUUGGUCCUACGCCAACAUGCCAGAAGAUGCAUCAAAGGACAUAACCACCAUCGCUUCCAUAGAUCAACUUGGGGUACUGGUACCAGGAGUGACGUAUCAGCAGCAGCUGGGUAAUGGAAAUAUAGCAGUGACUCGCAGUGGACUGACCACAUUUAAGCUACAACUGCUGCAAACUCAGGACAAGGACAUGGGUUUGUACUACUGCAGUGUGGCUGCCUGGACCCGUGGCCGCCAAGGAGAAUGGAACAAGGCCAAAGAGAUUAAGUCCAAUUCUGUCAAAGUACAGUGGUCAUCUAAGACACCUUUGCUCAGUGUGGCAGCUGAGAAAGUAAGAGAGGCCUCGACAAGCGGCUCCCCAUUUGAGAUGAGCUGCCAGAUGUCUUCCCAGAACAUACAAAAUCCCAGCUAUUCAGUGCUCAUCCGCUAUGAAGAGAUGGCAGGUGGAAAGACGCGUAAAGUUCUGUCACUGAGUGCAGACUCCGUACUGCAGCUGGAGGAAGGAGUGGUUCCCAGCCGUGCUGAUGGUGUGGCUCUAGAGAAGACCGGCCCACUAGAGUACCGCUUCCGUCUGAACAGCGCUCAAGUGUCUGACCGAGGCUUCUACUUCUGUGAUGUAACUGCUUGGACACGUGAUCAGAGCAACACAUGGAAGAGUGGAGUCAGUGCAAAAUCAAACAAAAUACAGCUCAACUUUACUGACACAGGUCCUGUAUUCAAUGUGUCCAUUUUCUCAGAAAGCAGUCAGAUUACGCCUGGGGACACAGUCAAAAUGGAGUGCAUUAUGUCUGUAUAUGGAGCUACAUCCAACACAGGUGAGGUGGCAUAUGACGUCGAUUGGUUCCAGAGUCCAGCACAUGCUUUGGAGAACGGUGCUGUGCCCCUGAUCAGCAUGGACCACUGGGGAGUAGUAAAGAAGAGCAGAGGAAAUGAGAGCGAACAGUGUAGUAUACAACGCACCGACAGGGACACGUUUGUGCUCCAUCUUUACCAUGUUCAGGACAGGGACAUCGGAGAGUACUAUUGCACAGUCAAGCUCUGGCAUUUCUCCCCAGACACUCGACUUUGGAGAGAGGGGCAGAAAAUCACCUCUGGCCCAGUCUAUCUCUCCAUCAACUUGCCAUUGUGGGACUCCAUGAAAAACCCAGUGUUGUAUGGUCUUGCAGCAGCACUGCUUGUUGGCCUACUGUCCAUUGUUCUUGGUCUCAUCACUUCACGCUGCUGCUUCUCCAGAAACCCGAUGCACACACCCCGUAGCAAGCUCAUGGAUCUGGAAAUGGACUGAGCCAUGUGACCCAAACAUUGAGAUGAAAAUCUUCCUCCUGCUAAUGUGACCUCAAUUUACUUUAACCCACUUCAAGAUAGCAUGGCUGCUAAUGUAAUAGAAAUUGUAUUGAGCCACAAGUAUUCAUAUAUGUGUGAGUGCACUGUUUAAAGGGAGAAAAGGAGAAUCUACUACUCGCGUGUUCUCAGGACAAUGUGUUCACUCCAGUGAGACACGCUUGCUGUAUCUCAGGAUUAACCUUCCGAAGGUGGCCCCAUCCACAUUAAUAACUGUUCUCAGAACCUGUCCAGGGUUUCAGCGUUUUUGGAAGCACUUCAUCAGGAAUUAAAUUUUGCACCCCCUACAGGCAAAGAACUGCAUUGCAGUGCAUCUCUCAGAGCUACAUAAUGAUGUGUAGAUUUUUAUUCCUGGAUGAAGAACUCUUGUGAAAGAGCUGCGGAAGCACAAGACGUGUUGAACGACCAGUGAAGCAAAUUUUAGUCUGCAUUCAUUCCCCUAGUCUCACUCCAGAUUCAGCCCCUGUCACUUGACGACAUCAGCCAUGCAUAUCCUGCAUCUAAGCAGCCUGCCUGUCAGUCAGUGCAGAGUCCUGCUGUUCAGUAUAGUGUUGUUUAGUAUUCCAGCUGACCGUCACUAAUGGCCGGGGGCAUGGCUUCCUGAUCUGCUCCCCCAAUGCACCCCUGCGUCGUGCACUCACUGCAAUCUAUUAGGGCAUGCUUGGCUACAAGCUAGAGUCCAUUGUCCUAAUGACUAUCAGUUACUAGAGCUGGGGACUUUGCAGGAGAAAGUGUGCCAUGCUGGUGUAUAGCACACUGGCCUUGCAAAAGCCCAGCUAAAUGAUCUUCCACUUCAUGCUUGCAAAUGCUCCCUUCCUUCACAUAAUGCACACACACAUUGAUGCAAUCACGUACUAAUUUUCAAAUGCAUAAUUUUUUUUUUCUUC